AUGCCACCUUCUUCCAAAGGAAAAAGAAAAGCCAGAAAUCAGAAUAGAAAUGGUAAAGGUCGAUAUUGUAAUCCCAAAAAAGUUCUUCACAUCUCAGUAAUUUUAACUGAUCAAGAAAAUCUGGAAGAUAAAUUUGGUGAACUAUAUAAUAGUGACAGAGAAGGUGAGUUGGAUGUUAGCGAUAGAAAAGAAAGUAAAGAUGAUGGUUGGAAUAAAUAUGAUGAAUUAAAUGUUAGUGAUUUAGAGUGGGGGGAUAAGGAAGAUAAAAAAAUAAAACGAGGUCCAUAUAUGAAAGGCUGGACACUGAAGUCAACUUAUUAUGAUAAGUAUGAGCCAAAUGGUAUCUUUACUAAAGCGGCAGUUGGUACCAAAAAAAUUACCAGUUUUUUUAAUAAUAUCGAGACACAAGUUACAAAUCUACAGCCUAACGAGUUAGAUAAGGUCUCAAGCGAUUCAGAAAGUGAAACUGACUCAUAUGUCUAUAAAAUAAAUAAAAGGGCGAAAGAUUUAAAAAAACAAUUAGACCAAAAUCAUGGUAUAUUAACAGUUAAAGAGUAUAAUUAUAAAAGAGCUAUUUUUGAAUAUCUUAGUUUGUUGAGUAAUAAUAAUGGUCAUGGCAAAAUUAAAGCUAGUUUGGAGGUUAUGCAGAAGGUCUUUAUCGAUGGUGGUAUGUGGAAAGUGCGAACAAUUCGAUAUUUUACAGAAUAUUGGUUACUUAAUGAUAAGCUUCCAUCAUCUAGACAUGGAAAACAUCAAAAAACAAUUAGGAUAAUCGAUGAUGAAGAUAUUGAAAUCAAAUGCCAUAUUUGGAUUAAAAGCCAAAAUUUCAAAAUUACACUUGCUACAUUUAAAAAAUUUAUCGAAGAUGAGUUGUUUUCUAGU